AUGGCGGACAUCACGGAGCUGCGACCCUCCUACGCCAUGUCCCCGGUCCUGGCGGGCUUCCUGGGAGCCGGCGUCCUGGUCCUGGUGGUGCUGGUUCUGGUCCUGCUCUGGUCUUUCUGUCAGCGGCGUUACCUCCGCGUCUCCGGCCGCUACAAGCUCCACGGCGACCGUUACUGUGACGCCGAGGACCCGCCCUACAAGUUCAUCCACAUGCUGAAGGGCAUCAGCAUUUACCCAGAAUCCCUCAGCGGCAGCAAGCGGAUCGUCCGCGGCGUGCGGCGGGCCGGCGACGGCGCGGCGGGGCGGGGCAUGGUGCUGGUCGACGCCGAGAACAACAUCCUGGACAUGACGGGUCAGCUGCAGAUGAGCCACCUGGUGCCCCCCGCCGCCGGCGCUGGCUCCGCCCCCCCUCACGGCCCGGCCCGGACCGAGCGGGCGCUGCCGGUCCGAGCCGACUACUGCUGCCUGGACAGCAGCUCGGCCGGGAGCAGCCAGACCAGCAGCAAGACCGCCUCCCCCUUUAGCCCCGCCUCCUCGGAGCCGGAGCCGGAGCCGGAGCCGGGCCUCGGCGCCGUCAGCCUCACCGUGGACUACAACUUCCCCAAGAAGGCGCUGGUGGUGACGGUGGUGGGGGCCCGCGGGCUGCCCGCCAUGGACGAGCAGGCGGGGAGCUCGGACCCCUACGUGAAGAUGACCAUCCUGCCGGAGAAGAAGCACCGCGUGAAGACCCGGGUCCUGAGGAAGACUCUGGACCCGCUCUUCGACGAGACCUUCACCUUCUACGGAGUCGCCUACAGCUCGCUGCCGGAGCUCACGCUGCACUUCCUGGUCCUCAGCUUCGACCGCUUCGCCCGCGAUGAUGUCAUCGGCGAGGCGGUGGUGCCUCUGAAGGGCGUGGACCCCAGCACGGGCCGAGUCCACCUGAGCCAGCAGAUCACCAAGAGGAACAUGCAGUGUGAGACUCGCGGGGAGCUGCUGGCGUCUCUGUCCUACCAGCCGGUGUCUCAUCGCCUCAGCGUCGUGGUCCUGAAGGCCAGACACCUUCCCAAGAUGGACAUCACCGGCCUGUCAGCGAACCCCUACGUGAAGGUGAACGUGUUCUACGGACGUAAGCGCAUCGCUAAGAAGAAGACCCACGUGAAGAAGUGCACCCUGAACCCGGUCUUCAACGAGUCCUUCAUCUACGACAUCCCCCCCGAGCUGCUGCCCGAGGUCUCCGUGGAGUUCCUGGUGGUGGACUUCGACCGGACCACCAAGAACGAGGUUCUGGGCCGGGUUCUGCUGGGCCUGCACAGCCCCGCCCCCACCGGAGCCGCUCACUGGAGGGAGGUCUGCGAGAACCCCCGCCGGCAGAUCUCCAAAUGGCACAACCUGAACGAGUACUGA